AUGUCCACGAUUUCGGCAAAAUCGGAUGUAGCGGGCAACACCGUCCGCCUGUCAGUGUCACUGAUACAGAGCGCGAAGCGCGGGCAGCGCCCCGGCACAGAUUAUAUAUUCGGCCAGCGCUGUGGCGUUGCGGUGGUAAUGGUGGUGGUGGUGGUGGUGGUGGUGGUGACCCUCAGCAGCGCGGGACGUCGCUGGUGGCGGGCCCGCCCUCGCAUCACCGCGACGGGCACGAGCUGGCGGCGGACUUGCCACUCAGGCACGAGAAGCCGCUGGUGGCGGACUGCAGGCUCGACAUGGAGCCCCUGCAAGCGGCCGGUGGCAACGAGCGGUGUCGGCCCAAUGGCAACCGGCCAUACGGGCCACUGCGCCUAUUGCGGGUUCGAUCCCCGCACGGUCUGGCCACGCACGUACCUGGUGGGGUGGCGGUGGGGAGGUCUAAGCCUACUCGUCAUUUCGACCCCGGAGCGUUGCCUUCACUUCGAGGACCUAAAACCACGCACCGAAUUCCAUCCACGUCAAGAGCGAGGGCUAGUUUCCAACCGUGAAUCGGUAAGACCAGACCAUCCAGGGGACUCGCAAGUGCAGAGCAAGAGGCACUUGGGUGUGGGAUUGUGCCACGGAUGUUACGUCACGACA